AUGUUCGUCCUGGCCCUAACGCGCUUCAGCGUCAUUCGGAGCGCCGCCUCGCUGGACCGGGGAGCCGCCCAGCUCCAGCAGCUCGGCCGGGUCGUGUGGGUGCUGUCGCUCGGUGCCGUCGUCCCCAUCGUGUAUCCCAUCGAGACGGAUGCCGCCUACAAAUGGGAGGAUUCGCUGGCUUACCAGCUCGGCCUCUCCACCACCGUCGCCCCGCUGCGCAUCUUCUACAACAUCUUCACCCUGUUGCCGAACGUGCUCGUCGGGCUGUCAAUCCUAUUCUAUAUCGUGAUCUUUGGCUAUCUCCCGGCGUUGCUGCGAAACGGGAACGAGCGCAGUCGUCGCGUCUACCGCGUCACGGUGGCCGCGAUGUUGUCAUGUACAGGUGGCCUCGUCACCGCAAUCGCCGUCGCCAUCGAGCAAGUGCCGUGGCUUGUCGCCGGCGCUCGGAUCCGACGUCAACUACUUGUAUUUCUCGGCCUAGUAGAGCAGCAUCGCCACGUGGCCGUCAUCAGAAUAUCGACCACGAACACUCAGCACCCAAAAUCGUCCAAAGGCUCGUCGACA